AUGGCCGCGGCGGUGCUGCCGGCCGAAUUCCGCUGCUUCCGCCACAUCACGCACGUGUACGCCCGCAACUUGCCGCUCCGCGCGGCCGACGCCGAUGAUGAUGUCGACGACGGCGGCGGCCCGCUGCCCGUGCUGCCGCUGCAAGAGCAGGGCCAGAAGCCAACACCGCCUGCCUCUCGGCGUGGAAGCCGCACGCCAGUGCUGCAGCGUUGCGUGUCGUCGUACUUUGUGCUGAGCCACACGCCCGGNCGAAUAUACGCCAGUGAAGUGCGGCGCGACACCCAGCACCCGGUGUGGAGCCACAUCCCCCCUGCCGUGACGCAGCGCUUCGCGAGCCUGACGCAGUUCGUAUUCUCGCUCUACUACUGCACCACACACCCGGAGGAGGCGUUGCCAGCGCCGGAGACGGACUUCCUGCUGUAUGAGAUGCUCAUGCAGACCUCAAACGUGCAGUACUUGGCUUCUUCCAUGACGAAGGCCGACGCUCUGCCAAGCCUGCCGUGCCACGCUGACAGCGGUGCCAACUCUUUUGUCGUGCUGCUGCGCUGCGCUGACGGUGUGUUCUUCCCAAUGCACCAAGGCGUGCAGGUAAACGAAGGUGGGGUGGUGAUUGACUCUGCUGGCAAGCAUUUCCUGCACAAAAGCGUCUCUGCCGUACCGGCUGCUGCUACUAAUACGAGUGCCAAUAAUAGCACUAUCAGUGCUGCUCCUGUUGUUGUGCUGCCUUCUGGAUCUCUGCAGCCCGACGCCCACCUGGACACUAAGGGGCUGCAGGGAAAGGGUACACUCGCCGGUGUGGAAAACAUGACAAUGGGUGACCUCAAGACAUGUGCGACGGCCGCUUUGGCAUGGCACUACCUCAGCGACCUGGCGGCAGCCAGGCGGGAGGAGCAGCAGGCGCUUAUAGAUGGGGUGGUGGAGGUGCGCCGCGGGGAGACGGAAGUGGCGGCGCAACGUGCAAUUCUAGAGGCCCAACUCAGAAAAGUCCGGGAGCGUUUGCACCAUCAGAUGCACGACUUGGAUGCAGUGCGUGAUCGAUACAUUGAGGAGCAGCAAAAGUUGGCCGAGCAGCAGGCGCAGGUGAGCGUGCUGCAGGAGAGCAUCCACCAUGGGGAUGCGCAGCAGCAAGAGACGCGUGCCGAAUCCGCUGAGCAGGAGCUGUCACUUGCCGCCCUGCGCGUACAGCUCGAAAAAUCCCGGAAGCUGCGGAUGACCGAACUUAGGGCGCUGUUCCCUGUAGUCGUUGGUGCUGCGGGAGCGGCGGACACCAUCUGCGGCCACAGCUUGCCAGUGCGAGGAAGGGGACUAGGCGUAACAGUGGGGGAGCUGCACGACUGGUCCCUGGCGCUGGGAUGCGCUGCGCGUUUGGUCUCCACCGCCGCCACCGUCUACGGCUGCACGCUGCCCCACCCGCUGCUGCUUUGCGGGGCGCGCUCCUGCGUGCUGGCGCGGCCGGGCCUUCCUGUUGCUACAGUGGUGGCGCCGUACACGGGGCCGGGUGAUGUGAAGCUGCCCCUCUAUUGCACGCGGGCCACCGACCGACCGCUCAUGACGGUAGCGAUGCAGCUGCUGUUGGCGGACGUGGUGAUCCUCGCAAAGGCGAUGGGGCGCUCCGACACGGCGAGCGACGCAGCGGAGUGUGACGGGCGCUUGGGCCCCAUCCUGAAUCAGCUCCUGCUGCUCGCGUAG